CGAGGGGGGGUGCGCUCAGGGAUGUGAACGUGAAGGGGUGCCAUCUGUGUGUGCAAGCCACAUACAUCUGUGAUGCCCUCACUUGCGCUGUCUACAAGCACACGCAUGUACAAUCUGUGUGGACACGCAUGUGGGUACUGGGGUGUGUGUCUGUGAGCAUAGGUGCUUGUGCAGUCUGUGUGUGUGAUCUGUGUUUAGGUGUGUACUUGUGUGAGUGCACCGCCUGCAUGUGGAAUUGGCAUGUGUUCUUGCAUGUGUGGGGCCUAUGUUUGCAUGUGUGCACUUGUGUGUGCAAUCCGUGUGUCUACGCACGUGUGUGGUUGUGUGUGUGUGUGCAGUCUGCAUGUACGUGUGCAUGUAAUCUGUAUGAACAUGUAUGUGGGCAAUGUGUGUGCGAUCUGUGUUUGUGUGUGGACUAGCAUGUGCAAUCCAUGUAGGCACUUGUGCAAUGUGUAUGCUACACAUGUGUCCUUGCACAUGUGUGUGCUCUCUAUAAGUGUGUAGGGCACUCAAUUGUGCAAGUGGCAUGUGUCAUCCAUGUGCAGAUGUGUAUGUGUGCAAUCCAUGUGUGCAAUGUGUAUGUUCGUGUGCACAGUGAAUGUCCAAUCGGUGCUUGUGCGUGUGUGGACUUGUGUGUGCCAUCUGUGGGGGGGGGCAUGUGUGUGUAGCCAGUGUUUAUAUGUGUGUGUGGUCCACGUGCACCUCCCUGCAUGUACAAUGUGUAUCUGUCCGGGCCUGGUCAGAGGGGCUGCGCCCACACGGGGGAGGUCUCCACCGCUCCCUACUGACCCCUUCCCCUGCCAGGACUCCAGCCCCGGGGACAGACCCAGCCACCACCUUCCUCUUUCCAGGACCCACCAGGACACACAAGAGGCACCAUGGGAGAUGCGGAGAUGGCAGAAUUCGGGGAGGCCGCCCCCUACUUGCGCAAGUCGGACAAGGAGCGGGUGGAGGCCCAGACCCGCCCCUUUGACCUCAAGCGUGACGUCUUCGUGCCUGAUGUCAAGGAGGAGUUUGUCAAGGCCAAGAUCACCUCCCGCGAGGGUGGCAAGGUCACCGCGGAAACUGAGAAUGGCAAAACGGUGACCGUAAAGGAGGAUCAGCUUAUGCAGCAGAACCCACCCAAGUUCGACAAGAUUGAGGACAUGGCCAUGCUGACCUUCCUCCAUGAGCCGGCCGUCCUCUACAACCUCAAGGAACGCUACGCCUCAUGGAUGAUCUACACCUACUCAGGGCUGUUCUGCGUGACCAUCAACCCCUACAAGUGGCUGCCGGUGUACAAUGCAGAGGUGGUGGGUGCCUAUCGGGGCAAGAAGAGGAGUGAAGCCCCGCCCCACAUUUUCUCUAUCUCUGACAAUGCCUAUCAGUACAUGCUGACGGAUCGGGAGAACCAGUCCAUCCUCAUCACCGGAGAAUCCGGGGCAGGGAAGACUGUGAACACCAAGCGGGUCAUCCAGUACUUUGCGGUCAUUGCAGCCAUUGGCGACCGCAGCAAGAAGGAACCGGUUGCCACAGGCAAGGGGACAUUGGAAGAUCAAGUCAUCCAGGCUAACCCUGCCCUGGAGGCCUUUGGUAAUGCCAAGACUGUCAGGAAUGACAACUCAUCCCGAUUUGGUAAAUUCAUCCGAAUUCAUUUUGGGGCAACAGGAAAGCUAGCCUCUGCUGACAUUGAGACCUAUCUCCUGGAGAAAUCCCGGGUUAUCUUCCAGCUCAAGUCUGAGAGGAACUACCACAUCUACUACCAGAUCCUGUCCAAUAAGAAGCCAGAGCUGUUGGACAUGAUGCUGGUAACCAACAACCCCUAUGACUACGCCUUCAUCUCCCAAGGGGAGACUACAGUGCCGUCCAUUGAUGACGGAGAAGAGUUGUUGGCCACUGACAGUGCCUUUGAUGUGCUGGGCUUCACCCAAGAGGAGAAGAACUCCAUCUACAAGCUGACGGGUGCCAUCAUGCACUUCGGCAACAUGAAGUUCAAGCAGAAGCAACGGGAGGAGCAGGCUGAGCCUGAUGGCACAGAGGAGGCAGACAAGUCGGCCUACCUCAUGGGGCUCAACUCGGCCGACCUGCUCAAGGGGCUGUGCCACCCCCGGGUCAAAGUGGGCAACGAGUACGUCACCAAGGGGCAGACUGUGCAGCAGGUGUGCUAUGCUACCGGAGCCCUGGCCAAGUCAGUCUAUGAGAAGAUGUUCAGCUGGAUGGUCACCAGAAUUAACAACACACUGGAGACCAAGCAGCCACGUCAGUACUUCAUUGGUGUACUGGACAUUGCUGGCUUUGAGAUCUUUGAUUUCAACAGCUUUGAGCAGCUUUGCAUUAACUUCACCAAUGAGAAGCUGCAGCAGUUCUUCAACCACCACAUGUUCGUGCUGGAGCAAGAGGAGUACAAGAAGGAGGGCAUUGAGUGGGAGUUCAUUGACUUUGGCAUGGACUUGCAGGCCUGCAUUGACCUCAUUGAGAAGCCCAUGGGCAUCAUGUCCAUCCUGGAAGAGGAGUGCAUGUUCCCGAAGGCCACAGAUAUAACCUUCAAAGCCAAGCUUUUUGAUAAUCACUUGGGAAAGUCGGCCAACUUUGGGAAGCCGCGGAACAUCAAGGGGAAGCCAGAGGCGCACUUCUCCCUCAUGCACUAUGCUGGCACCGUUGACUACAACAUAAUUGGCUGGCUGCAGAAGAACAAGGAUCCCCUCAAUGAAACUGUAGUGGGGCUCUACCAGAAAUCUGCCCUCAAACUCCUUGCUCUCCUCUUUGCCAACUACGCCGCGGCCGAUUCACCUUCUGAAAGUGGGAAAGGCAAAGGAUCAAAGAAGAAGGGCUCAUCCUUCCAGACAGUGUCAGCUCUGCAUCGGGAGAACCUGAACAAGCUGAUGACCAACCUCCGCUCCACCCACCCACACUUUGUCCGGUGCAUCAUUCCCAACGAGACCAAGUCUCCAGGGGUGAUGGACAACCCACUAGUGAUGCACCAGCUGCGCUGCAACGGCGUGCUGGAGGGCAUCCGUAUCUGCCGCAAGGGCUUCCCCAACCGCAUCCUCUACGGGGACUUCAGGCAGAGGUACCGCAUCCUGAACCCUGCGGCCAUCCCUGAGGGGCAAUUCAUUGACAGCCGCAAGGGGGCAGAGAAGCUGCUGGGCUCCCUCGACAUUGACCACAACCAGUACAAGUUUGGGCACACCAAGGUGUUCUUCAAGGCUGGGCUCCUGGGGUUAUUGGAGGAGAUGCGGGAUGAGCGUCUGGCCCGGAUCAUGACCCGGCUCCAGGCCCAGGUCCGUGGCUACCUGUCUCGGCAAGAAUUCAAGAAGAUCUUGGAGCGCAGGGACUCCCUGCUGGUGAUCCAGUGGAACAUCCGGGCCUUCAUGGGGGUGAAGAACUGGCCCUGGAUGAAGCUGUACUUCAAGAUCAAGCCACUGCUGAAGAGUGCAGAGACCGAGAAGGAAAUGCAGACCAUGAAAGAGGAAUUUGGGCGCCUGAAGGAGGCACUGGAGAAGUCAGAGCAGCGGCGCAAGGAGCUGGAGGAGAAGAUGGUCUCUCUGCUCCAGGAGAAGAAUGACCUCCAGCUGCAAGUCCAAGCGGAGCAAGACAAUCUUGCAGACUCUGAGGAACGCUGUGACCAGCUGAUCAAGAACAAGAUCCAAAUGGAGGCCAAGGCAAAGGAACUGACGGAGAGGCUAGAGGAUGAGGAGGAGAUGAAUGCAGAGUUGACAGCCAAGAAGAGGAAACUGGAAGAUGAGUGCUCAGAGCUCAAGAAGGACAUUGACGAUCUGGAGUUGUCCCUGGCCAAGGUGGAGAAGGAAAAGCAUGCAACAGAGAACAAGGUCAAGAACCUCACAGAAGAGAUGGCUGGGUUGGAUGAGAUCAUUGCCAAGUUGACCAAGGAGAAGAAGGCCCUGCAGGAGGCCCACCAACAAGCUCUGGAUGACCUGCAGGCUGAAGAGGACAAGGUCAACACCUUGACCAAGGCCAAAGUGAAGUUGGAGCAACAGGUGGACGACCUGGAAAGUUCCCUGGAGCAGGAGAAGAAGAUCCGGAUGGACCUGGAACGGGCCAAAAGGAAGCUGGAAGGGGACUUGAAGCUGGCCCAAGAAAGCAUCAUGGACCUGGAGAAUGACAAGCAGCAGAUGGAUGAGAAGCUCAAGAAGAAAGACUUUGAGUUGAAUGCCCUGAAUGCACGGAUUGAGGAUGAGCAAGCCAUUGCUAUCCAACUCCAGAAGAAGCUCAAAGAACUCCAGGCACGCAUUGAGGAGCUGGAGGAGGAGCUAGAGGCAGAGCGCACAGCCCGGGCCAAGGUGGAGAAGCUGCGCUCAGACCUAUCACGGGAGCUGGAGGAGAUCAGCGAGCGGCUGGAGGAGGCAGGUGGUGCCACCUCAGUGCAGAUCGAGCUAAACAAGAAAAGGGAGGUGGAGUUCCAGAAGAUGCGGCGAGACCUGGAGGAGGCGACGCUGCAGCACGAGUCCACGGCCGCCACACUGCGCAAGAAGCACGCUGACUCAGUGGCCGAGCUGAGUGAGCAAAUUGACAACCUGCAGCGCGUCAAGCAGAAGCUGGAGAAGGAGAAGAGCGAGCUCAAGCUGGAGCUGGAUGAUGUUGCCUCCAACAUGGAGCAGCUCCUCAAGGCCAAGGCCAACCUGGAGAAGAUGUGCCGGAUGGUGGAGGACCAGAUGAAUGAGCAUCGAUCCAAGUCAGAAGAGUCGCAACGCAUGGUCAUUGACCUCACUACCCAACGCGCCAAGCUGCAGACAGAGAAUGGUGAACUGGCCAGGCAGCUGGAUGAGAAAGAGGCACUGGUCAACCAGCUGACUCGGGGCAAGCUCACAUACACUCAGCAGCUGGAGGACCUCAAGAGGCAGCUGGAGGAGGAAGUGAAGGCCAAGAACGCGCUGGCACAUGCCUUGCAGUCGGCCCGGCAUGACUGUGACCUGCUGCGGGAGCAGUACGAGGAGGAGACAGAGGCCAAGGCCGAGUUGCAACGCUCGCUCUCCAAGGCCAAUUCUGAAGUGGCCCAGUGGCGGACCAAGUAUGAGACUGACGCCAUCCAGCGCACCGAGGAGCUGGAGGAGGCCAAGAAGAAGCUGGCGCAGAGGCUGCAGGAGGCAGAGGAGGCAGUAGAGGCUGUCAAUGCCAAGUGCUCCUCACUGGAAAAAACCAAGCACCGGCUGCAGAAUGAGAUUGAGGACCUGAUGGUGGAUGUGGAGCGCUCCAACGCUGCUGCCGCUGCCAUGGACAAGAAACAGCGCAACUUUGACAAGAUCCUGGCUGAGUGGAAGCAGAAGUUUGAGGAGUCCCAGACAGAGCUGGAGGCCUCACAGAAAGAGGCCCGGUCACUCAGCACUGAGCUCUUCAAGCUCAAGAACGCCUACGAGGAGUCUCUGGAGCACCUGGAGACCUUCAAGAGGGAGAACAAGAACCUCCAGGAGGAGAUCUCAGACCUGACAGAGCAGCUGGCCAGCAGCGGGAAGACCAUCCACGAGCUGGAGAAGACACGGAAGCAGCUGGAUGCUGAGAAGCUGGAGCUGCAGGCAGCUCUGGAGGAGGCUGAGGCCUCCCUGGAGCAUGAGGAGGGGAAGAUCCUGCGGGCCCAGCUGGAAUUCAACCAGUUCAAGGCAGACUUUGAGCGCAAGCUGGCUGAGAAGGAUGAGGAAAUGGAGCAGGCCAAGCGCAACCACAUACGGGUGGUGGACUCACUUCAGGCCUCACUGGAUGCUGAGACCCGCAGCCGCAACGAGGCUCUGCGCCUCAAGAAGAAAAUGGAAGGUGACCUCAAUGAGAUGGAGAUCCAGCUCAGCCACGCCAACCGCAUGGCUGCUGAGGCCCAGAAGCAAGUCAAGACGCUACAGAGCUACCUCAAGGACACCCAGCUGCAGCUGGAUGAUGUGGUGCGAGCCAAUGAGGACCUGAAGGAGAACAUCGCCAUCGUGGAGCGGCGCAACAACCUGCUGCAGUCAGAGCUGGAGGAGUUGCGGGCUGUGGUCGAACAGACAGAGCGGGCCCGCAAGCUGGCUGAACAGGAGCUCAUAGAGGCUAGUGAGAGGGUCCAGCUCCUGCACUCCCAGAACACCAGCCUGAUCAACCAGAAGAAGAAGAUGGAGACUGACAUAGCCCAGUUGCAGACAGAGGUGGAGGAGGCUGUUCAGGAGUGCCGAAACGCAGAAGAGAAGGCCAAGAAGGCCAUCACUGAUGCGGCCAUGAUGGCAGAGGAGCUGAAGAAGGAGCAGGACACAAGCGCCCACCUGGAGCGGAUGAAGAAGAACAUGGAACAGACCAUCAAGGACCUGCAGCUGCGGCUGGAUGAGGCCGAGCAGCUGGCCCUCAAGGGUGGCAAGAAGCAGCUGCAGAAGCUGGAGGCCCGGGUGCGGGAGCUGGAGAGUGAGCUGGAGGCUGAGCAAAAGCGAAAUGCAGAAAGUAUCAAGGGCCUGCGCAAGUCGGAGCGGCGCAUCAAGGAGCUCACCUACCAGACCGAGGAGGACAGGAAGAACCUGAUCCGUCUCCAAGACCUAGUGGAUAAGCUCCAGCUCAAAGUUAAAGCCUACAAGAGGCAGGCAGAGGAGGCGGAGGAACAAGCCAACACCAACCUGGCCAAGUUCCGGAAGAUUCAACAUGAGCUGGAUGAGGCUGAAGAGCGGGCCGACAUCGCCGAGUCCCAGGUCAACAAGCUCCGGGCCAAGAGCCGCGACAUUGGAGCCAAGAAGGGACUGAAUGAGGAGUAACUCCCAUGACACCCCUCAGAGGCCACUGCCGACCUUCCCCUCUGUAUAUUAGCACCAAACAUCCCAUUCCCUCCAGUCUAGAGAAUAAAUCAGCAAUACACUGUG